AAAGGUGCAUGUUGAGCAGACAACGCGCACAAAGUAACGUCAGUCUACACUCUUUAUGCGAUGUAUGACGCGAUGUUCUCCUUCCGCCCAGCCAUGAUAUAUAGCACUGUAAUACUGGCCAUCCUGUUCCAGUCAUCCACAGCUGCACCUACCAGUACUCCAUGCAUCACAGGGGUCCACUGCGACUUUGACAACAUUAUUGUGAAACCAUUUUGUGGGUUUACCCCUGGUCAAACUCAUGAAUGGAAGCGUAUCAACUCUUUGAAACUUCCACAUAACGGCAGACUGAAAGAUGCUUCAAACACAGGUUAUUUUCUACGCGUGGCUGGACAUCAACAGGACCAAAUGGUCACACUGACUUCGCCACAAUUCUGCACAAACCAGACCGUGUGUGUGUCGAUAAUGUACUGGCAGAAUGGGACUAGUCAGAAUUCCCUAUCCAUACACCUAAAUAAUGCCACGGUGAUGCAUGUACCAACAACAUUCCAAAACGCUUGGACAGGAAUUAACAUGACAUUCCAUGUUAAACGCAAUGAAAAGAUAUCAUUUCACGCCAAGAUUGUAUCCAGCGAUGUCAUACUUGCGUUAGAUGAUAUCAACAUCACGAACGGAAGUUGCAGGAAAUUCACGAGCAUUCAUGAGAUGUCCACAGUCAGAGGUGUGCCUGAUCAAACAUCGGUACUCACCACUACACAUGAUACAGCAACACCUCUAAACACGACAUACACAACAACACUCCUGGGAAAGACGUAUACAACAUCUUCACCUUAUCCUCAAUCAACUACUGGGACAUUAAAAUUAUUAGUAGAACAAAUCUUAGACUCAACGAUUACACUUACAGAUCAAAACGAAGCAUGCAUUCACUUCAACACACAUGAGAGUGAGUCACUUCUUAUAGAAAACGAUAUACUUCUCAACAUCAGACGUAUAGUCCAUAUUUACCCUUCAAAUCUUCAAACCAAACAAUUAAAUUUACACGCCAUCCAGACUCUCACAAACACCGACCAGGCCUUGCUGCUGAAUGAACAAAACAUGAUGGUAGCCACAGCAAAGCAGCUGAUCACGAAUACCGGGGAUACAAGACUCAAUUUACUCCAACGCCAACUGGACUUCAUUGAAGACCAGAUGAGUCUCCUGCAGGACCUCCAGAAGCAACUGGUGAAGAACAACGCCGAGAGUUCACUUCGACUUCAAGAGAGGACCCUCCUCCACAGAGAACCGGAACUGUUCAGGGUGGACGACACCUCCUUGAGCCCGGGGGAGCAGCUCCAUCACCAGGCAGCCGUGCUACAGCUCCAGGCCACACUGCUGCACAAUGAUGCUAUACUCACACAGAUCAGCCACAACACGACAACAUGCCUGGACCAAGAGAUGAUCAUUGUCUUAUCUCUCAGGGAAUCCGUGUUGCGCUACAAACGUAAUCUUUCAUUAUUUCCUUGAAAUACAAGCACACGUGAUAAGGAAACAGUGAAUUGUGAAAUAGAAAUUUUAUUCAUAAAUGCAAAAUUACAUUUGAAAUAACAACUUUUGUUCGAGGUAGCGAAUAAUUACAAAUUUUUAAUAUCAUACAUACAAUAAUA